AUGAGCAUUAUGGAUAUGAAAAGCUAUUCUAAGGACGAAAUAUCCUGCCAAGUGGAACAUGUUUCUCUCAAGUUUAUUCAAGAAGUGCAUCAGAACCUAUGUUGUUUGCAGGUGGUAUCAAACACUAUGUUCAUUGCAUUGAAGACGGGUCACAUCUUUAUAAUAAACCUUAACGACCCAGCGACGGUGCAUUCCUUUAUACUUCCGAUGCUUGCCAAUAGUCAAGAAAAGUUACUAUGCAUAUGGGUCAAUCCUCAAGCCAGUCUCAUACUCUUUAAGACCAACUUUGCUAAAUACUUUCUGGGCCACGUCAAACGUAUUGUUGAUGGAGGAAAAAAUUCGAAGCUGACGACUCUAAAGAGACUCAACAAAAAGAGUUGUGAUAUACGAACAGUUGACUGGAGUUUUGAUGAAUCCACCCUUUUGGUUGGUACGAAAGAAGGUAAGGCGUAUCAUAUUUAUUUGGGACCAUGUGUGAAAAACAGCAACGACGAUGCACAAGUCACCAGAAUCUUUUCAGCUACAGAGAGUAUAGACGGAAUAAUGUUCAAUAAGUCGCUGGGUGCACUACUGAUAAUAGGAUCUCAGAUCAUGUAUUGGGAUUCUUCUAUUUCUCAGAAACUGGGGCCUAUUGAAGUGUUUUCAUCUACUAAACCUACUGCCACGGAGCAAUAUCAGCAGACCGAUAAAGAGUUUGGUUCCAGGUUUACUUUCAUGGGCAGUAAAUUUGCAUGGGUCACACAAUCCGGUAUUGUAGUGGGGGACUUGAACGACGAAAAAGUCUUGGCAAAUGCUAGGGUAUUAUUGUACAUCGAGCUUCCGGCUUCGACACACAGAGUGAAAGACGUAAGAUUAACAAAAUAUCAUUUGGUAUUACUUAGAGGUUCUGAAAUCAUAGUAGUCAAUCAAUUGACCAUGAAGAUAGUGUUUCAAGAAUCAAUCUUCAAUUCAAACGACAUUGAAAAACUACAUUCAUUGUGCAUAGACUAUAGCCAAGUCCCACCCACGACAUGGUGCCAUUCGGCUUCGAAUGUUUACGAAAUUGUCAUGAGUGGUGAAGAUAGGUCAGUUUGGAAGCUUCUAUGUGAUACUCAUCGUUUUGAGGAAGCACUCGCUCUCGAUGGACUAUCUUCCGUCCAAAAGGACUAUGUUCAUAGUUUUUAUGGUGAUUAUUACUACGAAAAGCAAAUGUGGGAAGAAGCAGCAGAACAAUACAGCAAAACUAAGAUGCUCAACAACUGUGGGCCAAUUGCCUUGAAAUUUAUGAAAGAUUCAUCUCAAAUAGCUUCAUUGCAAUUGCUAUUACGGAAUUACUUAAGCAGUACUAAUGACGAUUAUCAAGUAAAACAGGUGAUUCUCACCUCAUGGAUUAUUCAGAACUAUAUGAACCAAUUGAACGAUAUCGACGAAAAGAUAAACCGUGAUGCCUCUGAUGAGAAACUGGCCAGUCAGAAGACGGAUAUUGUUAAAAAAUUUGAAUCAUUCGUAACGCAAAAUUUCAAUAAAAUGGACAAAGAAACUAUAUAUCAAAUAAUUUCAAGACAAAACCGGAAAAAAGAACUGCUAUAUUUCGCAACGUUGGCGGAAGAUUAUGAGUACGUUCUUUCUUACUGGAUUAAAUUGGAAAAUUGGUAUGAAUCGUUAAAAUUGCUGUCGUCUCUUCAAGAACCUGAUUUAAUUUACAAAUACUCGAAUAUUUUAUUGAUCAGCUCACCUGAUGCCACGAUAAAUACAUGGAUGCAAAUUACUUCUUUAGACCCUGUGCCAUUAAUACCGUCUAUCUUAUCAUAUUUUACCAACUAUCAAAAGAAGAAGAGAGCAGAAGGCAUUCAUUCCAAUGUCCAGAAUCAUGGUGUUAAUUACUUGAAAUGGUGCAUACGUGACCAAAAUAACACUGUUCCAAUUAUACAUAACACUUAUCUUUACAUGAUGAUUGUGGAUAAAACGACGGACAAAGACCAGGAAGUCAUUCAGUUCCUCACUAAGCAUAGCAAAGGUCAUUUUGAUACGGACUUCAUUCUUAGAUUGAGUUUAAGGUACGAGAGAUAUGGGGUUUCUAUCUGCAUAUAUUCUGAGAUAUCUCUUUACGAAGAGGCAGUUAGCUUGGCAUUGAAACAUGGACGACUACAAGAAGCUAAGAAGGUAGCUACCACAGUUGAAGACCCUGAUAUUAAGAAAACAUUGUGGUUGGACAUUGCUGCUGCCAUGAUCAAACAAGAUCGGGAUAUCAAGAAUACACUAACUCUUCUUAUUCAAGAAUCAGAGGGUGUUUUGUCAGUGAAAGACUUGCUACCACUAUUUGAUGAGUUUGUAACCAUUGCUAAGUUGAAGGAAGAACUUGUCAGAAGUCUUGAAAAGCACAGUAUGCAAAUCACUAAACUUUCCCAAGAAAUUCGCGAUUCUCUUAAGAUUAAAAGUGAGAUUAAAAAUGAUAUCAUAUUAUUUAGAAAUCGGUAUGAAAAGCUGAAACCGGGCGCAUCGUGUUCGUAUUGCUCUCAACCCUUGCAGACUAGAAAGUUUUUCGUGUAUCCCUGUGGACAUUCAAUCAACACCGAUUGUAUUAUUAAGAUUAUUAUGGCUUCAAAUCAAUAUGCAUUAAAGGCGAAGAUUCAAAACAUGCAAAAGAAGCUUCUCCGCGAUAGGAACUCUGUAAAAUCAGAAGAGUUGGAGGAACUGUUGUCCGCACAAUGCCCCCUUUGUAGCGAAAUCUCUAUCAACAGUAUAGAUGAACCAUGGGAAGUUGAUCCCAACACCGCUUUGAAGUGGAAAAUAUAA